AUUCUAGAAAUGAGCUCAGAAUUUAUACCCGGAGCGGAGGCGGGGGCAAAUGUCAAUGGUGAACUUGCAAGCGACCUAAACGAUGUUCACAGUUUGUCAGUAUUUGAGGACACACGUAAAUACAGCGACGAUGAAGUUAACAGAUCAGAAAUUCUGGACUUCGGUGAUCAAGGUUUUUUACUGCAUCAGUUAAUGACAUCUGAAGAGUGUGCACACAUUAUUGAUGAAGGCGAAAAGAUCGGAUUUGGUGAAAUUAAAGGAGCGAAGAGGGAUUAUCGCAGCUGUGAUAGAAUAGUAAUAGAAAGUGAAGAAUUAUCACACAUUUUAUGGAAGAGAAUACAGCCUUACCUUCCAGAGUUUGAUGUACCAGAAGACGCCCAUCUCCAAGAUUUACACAUUCAUGGUGUGCCUUAUUUACUGAGAGGCAAAUGGCAGCCAAUUGGAUUGAAUAAGCUGUUCAGGCUGUGCAGAUAUUUCCCAGGAGGACAUUUUGCCCCUCAUUUUGAUGGCUUUUACAGUAAAUCACCAGGAGAGAGGUCUCUAAAGACCUUUAUGAUUUAUCUCAAUGGAGACUUUGAUGGAGGAAGCACUAAUUUUGUUGAUGAGACACAGACCUUACAUAAGGAUGAGAAUGGAAAGUACUGUGCAGAAAAAGAAAACAUAAUCUGCAAGAUUAAACCUGAAGCAGGGAUGGCCAUUUUGUUCAACCACCAAAGACUGCAUGAGGGGGAACAACUCUUGUCUGGCAAAAAAUACAUACUGAGAACAGAUAUUAUGUACAGAAAGAUUGGAGAGAAAAAGAUGGAUGAAAAGCAAGAAAAAGCCAUAGCAAUGAUACAGGAAGCGGAACGGCUUGAAGCUCAAGGAGAUUGUAUGCAGGCAGCGGAGCUGUACAGGAAGGCGUUCAAGCUCUCACCAGAACUUGAAAACUGUUACUGAUCCAAAUAACAAAUAUAUUUAUCAUCGCAAAGUUGUUAUUCAAACAUUACCUACCUUCAUUGCAAUAUGUUGUCAGUGCCAAAAAUGUUAUUUUUUAAAAGUUUAAAUUUGAAGCUUAAGUUUAAAGUCAGUCUACAUAUUUUUAGAUAUAUGUGUCAUGAAAUACAGCGUAUUACAGAAUAAAAUAUAAAUGAUA